AGUCCAUACACAAACCUGAUGAGAAUGAUGGACAGUAAGUUUCUCAAGGCAUGCCAAAAUAAAUGGCAAAAGAUGGGUGGCAAAGUCAUACCUUCAUCAGCUUGCUGCGAUAAAUGCUGUAAAUGGACUAUCUGGCCUUUUCUAAAAGAAGAGAAGUCUAUCCCAAGAGAUGUUCCAAAAGGCCACGCAGUAGUUUAUGUAGGGAAGUACCAAAAGAGAUUUGUAAUAAAAAUCACCUUGCUGAAGCACCCGCUCUUCAAGGCACUGCUGGAUCAAGCUCAAGAAGUUUAUGAUUUCUCCGCUGAUUCGAAAUUAUGGAUCCCUUGUGACGAGAACAUUUUCAUUAGUGUCAUUAGAUGUGCCACAUCACCAGAAAGUCGACGCAUCUCAAUCUGCUUUUGA